AUGUCCGAAAUACUUGUAGGGGAGUACUUGUUCCGUCGUCUCAAGCAGACUGGCGUUCAGACUAUCUUUGGCGUCCCGGGUGAUUUCGAGCUUGCUCUCCUCAACCUGGUUCCUGAGCAGGACCUUUCAUGGGUUGGAACGCCCAACGAACUCGUCGGUGUAUACGCUGCUGAUGGCUAUGCACGUGAGAAGGGUUUUGGAACCCUUUUCACCACUUUCGGACCGGGUGAGCUGAGUGCUCUAUGUGGCAUUGGCGGUGCAUUUUGUGAGAAUGUUCCCGUGCUGCACAUUGUCGGCUACCCCACGAGGCCCGUCCAGGCGAGUGGUAGAAUCAUCCAUCACACACUUGGUGAUCUUCGCUACGAUAUCGGAGUCUCAGAGGACGUCGCGUAUUCCAUGAUCCCGUCAUCGUACCUUGAGAACAAGCUCAUCACUGCUCUUCCCCCGGGCAAUGCAGACGUGGAACAAAAGGUCAUUUCGGCGAUUUGCAAGGCUCUAGCUGAGUCACAGCGCCCUAUUCUCCUAGUUGACGGCGGCGCUGCCCGUAGCAGCUGGGAGUUCUCUGAGCUUGUUGACACUCUCAGAAUCCCUGUGUUCACGACGACGUUGGGUAAGGGUAUUGUAGAUGAGAGCAGCCCCUACUAUAUGGGUGGCUAUGAUGGCAUCGGCUCUCUACCGGAAGUGACGGAGAUUGUAGAAGCGGCGGACUGUGUGCUUUGGUUAGGAGGCCUGCCUUCUGACUUCAACACUCUUGCGUUUACUUUCCACAUAAGCUCAUCCGCGACUGUGAUUGACUUUCAGAGACUCUUCGUACAGAUAAACGAUACGAAGAUCGAGGCCAAGAUCUCACAAAUUCUUCCCAGACUUACCAAAGCAAUUGAGACAGAGCAGCCUCUCUCUGGCGAGAGAUCACAUGUCAAGCGCCCAGAGCGUCCCGCCGUUCCGAUGCCUAAAGCUAUUGAACAGGAUUGGCUGUGGCCACGCAUCUCGACUUGUCUCAAGCCCGGUGAUCUCAUCGUGACUGAGACUGGGACCGCCCAGUUCGGCUUUAAUAUGAUUACCAUGCCGCAUGGUGCGAAGCUGUGGACACAAGCUGUAUAUGGAAGUAUCGGAUACGCUGCCGGUGCAGCGAUGGGAGGCUCCAUUGCGGCCAAGGAGAUGGGUACCUAUAAGCGGAUCAUCCUGAUCACGGGCGAGGGGAGUUUGCAGUUGACUGUGCAAGCUUUCCCAAUCCUGAACAGACAUGGACUCACGCCCGUGGUGCAAGUUUCAGGAUUCCUUUUCUCUCUAGAUUAG